GAAUAGAAAAUAACAAAAAGAAAAUAAUUCCCGUGUGUGCCUCGUGAAUAUAAAAAAAAAACAUCUUCGUCGUUGCCUUAACAACACCGUAGUGAAUAUAUUACUCUCUAUUGCACGAUGGACAACAGCAGACAGGAUGUUCAAGGUGGAAGCAACAACAGAACGUCGUCUUCGGCGGUCGUCGCAUCACCUACAAGCACCAGCACCGAUUUGGACCGUAAAGUUCUUCGCGACAAUCUCUAUGCCGAGAUCUUCCAGCGCCAUCGAAGGUCCAUCUUCGCCUUUGGAUCCUUCCUGAGAAUGCUCAAAACCAAAAAGUCCAACUACAACGUCAUUAAACAAGAAACCGAGUCAGACUGAGGAAGGACGAAUCCGAAGACGACUGGCAAAUUUAUAUGAUGUGUAUAUAAUUUAUACAUAUUUAUAUAGAAAAAAAAAUAACAGGGUUUCUACU